UUGAUUUGACAGCUCUGUAUUUGAUUGCAAACCAUAUCAUUGUAUUGUAUUUAAAUUAAUUUAUCUUUUUUAUAGUGAAAUAAUUUCUCUAAAUCGAUAAAAUGAGUUUUGAGACAUCAAAUACUACUAACGAUAAAGAAGAGAGAAAAUAUUACCAUGACCGUAAUAAAUCUGACGACCUCCAAAUUUCAAGAACAGACAUGAACAUGUUGAUAAUGAAUUAUUUAGUUACAGAGGGCUUUAAAGAGGCAGCUCUGAAAUUCCAGCAGGAAGCCGGACUCCAGGAGCCCGCACUAUGCAGCUCAUUGGACGAGAGGAUCAUGAUUCGUGAGGCCGUGCAAAGUGGACGGAUCCCAGAUGCCAUUGCUAUGGUGAAUGCACUUCAUCCUGAACUCUUGGACACCGAUAGAUACUUAUACUUCCACUUGCAGCAACUACAACUUUUGGAGUUAAUUCGGGCGGGCAGGGCGGAGGAAGCCCUAUCGUUUGCCAGCGCCACACUCGCCGAGGCCGGGGCCAACGACAGCAAUGCCCUCACUGAGCUAGAGAGGUCCCUGGCUCUGCUAGCGUUUCCUGACCCGCAUUCGUCGCCAUUUGCAGAUCUUUUGCAACCUUCUCAUAGUCAAAAGAUUGCAAGUGAAUUAAAUGCAGCAAUACUGAAGAUGGAGAACCAAGAGUACACGAACCCGAAACUUUGCAGCCUUCUCCGAAUGAUUCUCUGGUCCCAGAGCGAGCUGGACAAGCACAACAUUAAGUAUCCCAAGAUGACCGACUUGGCGAACGCGACUAUAGAACAACCAAAGUACUAGGGUUGAUGUGCGAUCCCACACUUAGAGGUUCCUCCAUUGGCAAUUCAAACAUCGCGAAAAGAGACUAUUGUUACAAAAAUAUUGGCAUAACAAAGUAAACAAUAAAGAUUUAUAAAUGGAUGCAUUUGGUAAAAUUGUAACACUAUACAUUAAAAUUAUUUUUUCAAAAAUCUGUGAAUGUGUGGAAUCGGCGCCCUAACUAUCUAUGUGAUAUCUUUAAAUAUUCAACUUUAUUUAGCGUUCUCAGUUCGUGUAAUAUUGUGGUAGUUGAAAAAUUAUUAAAAACUUGUUAAAAUAUUUUAGAAUUAUGAAAUUUUGAAUUUACUUUCUUGAUUUUCACAUUCUGUAAUUAUAACGAAUAACAUUUGAUAUAAUAAAGCUUUAAUUUGUAGAUGAGGUCCAAGCAAAAGAAUGAAAAAAUAAGAAACCAAUCUUUUGCCUUUCCAGCUUGAAAACAAUACUAUGCCUUUUCAUUACAAUUGGCUAUUUUGCUGGGCAGAAAUUAAACAAUCAAACACGAUGUUUAAAGGUCCCUUGAAUUUAUCGGUUACAUUUUAUUUAUACAGUAUUAUAAACAUGUUUUACUUGUUUUUAUUAAAUAUACUGGUAAUGAUUCCAAAACUGUGAUGUCCCAGUAUAUUACUGUCAUACAAGCUCCAUAUUAAUAUCUAUAAUUGUUUGUCAUUAGAAAACUUUUUCUUGUCAUUAGAAACUUCUGAUAUGAGUGGUUGGAAAACAGCCAAUUGUAAUGGGCUGUUGUCCCCAAUACACCCUUUUAAUGAUAUGGGCAUCAAGUAUAUUAUUCAUUGUAUUAAAUAAAUGUAACUUUUCUAUUUUACGAUACGAUAAUUUUCAUCAACCUCAACGUCUCUCAAUGUCAAUAGAUUUAUUUCCUCUCAGGUAUUUAACUCUUAAAGAUGUCAACUUAGCGUUAAGGAUUUUAUAUGUAAUAUUUAGAAAUAAAGUAAUACAUAAGUGA